UCCUCACACUGCGAGUCAGAGAGAGAGCGAGAGAGUGAAAAGACACGCUCGUGUUUCGUUUUGUAACUCAGCAGCAUUUGGCCUAUAUUCUUGAAUCAACACCAGAGAAACCUUAAGAUUGAACAGACCUUCAUCUCCCUGAAGAGCCAUCAAAGACAUCUUUGCUAACUCCCAGUAAAUGCAAGAUAAGUGGCGAUUUGAAGUGAAAAAGGUUUCAUGAGAUGACAUUUUGUCCUUGGAAUAAUCAGCUGAAGGGCCAUCAUCGCACAGACCCUGCAGAGGAGAGACAGAGUGGGAAGAAACACUUCUGACUCCUUAGAUGGCCUCAGCACUAAUCAGGUGUCUUUGAGCGCACCAAGAGAAUCGGUCCGACAUGAGCAUCCCAACUGGUGUCCAGGGACUGAGGGUCAAAGUUGACAGAGGAGAAAAGAUUGGAAACAAAACUCAGAUCCAGUUCCCCCAAUCAGGGGAUGAUAAUGCCAAUCAGUUAUCUUCAAUUGGUGAUCAAGAAGGAAGAGGAUUGAUAGAGGACACAGGAUACAGCACAAGCUCCAUCCCACCUUUGGUCUCGCAGAGUGAAUCCCCUGACAAGUUAGUGAUCUGGGGCUCUGAGCAGCAAUGCUUGGACCCUGAGCUUAGAGAGUUUGAGCUCUUGGGGUGUCAGGAGAUACAUACAUUCUUGGGAAACAGGGAUGAUGAUGAGGAUGAUGAUGAUGGAGGAAGUUUGAGGGAUGGAAAGGACGAGGGUCCCAUGUCCAUAUCGUCAAGCUCAACUGCCAGCUCUGCUUCGACCGGCGUGAGGAGAAAUGACAACGACAACAACAAAGUGGAGAGCAGAAUGCAGAGGGGCAGAGAGGGCCAGAGAAGGAUCGCCUGUCACAGCACUGAAGAGCUAGACACAUGCGUGACAGGCUCAAUAGAGAAAAGGGACACCAGGUCAGGCAGGGACAGGGAGAGACGCAAGGGAGGUCUGAAGGAAUCCAAGUCUGAGACCAAUGUGUUCGUCUCCAGUCUGUCAGCUGUUUCCCUCAGCGGGAGCCUGUCGAGCGCUCUGGAUAGUAGCGGAGAAGUCGUCUCUCUGUCCAACCCCAGGACCAACCCAUAUCUCAAUACAAACAACACUACCUCAGCCCAGGGCAGGAGAAGGACAGCCCCUGUAGAUGCCAACCAGAACUCCCCGCCAUCGCAUCCUCAGGAGAAACUUGGCCGUCCCCAAUACUACAGCCAGGAUCAGAGACAGGAGGAGGGAAGCCAUCACAGAAAUGGAUUGUCCUCUGAUGGGGGGCUGGGUCAAAGGAGGAAGGCAGGAUUUGAGGAGAGGGUGCUGCCGCCACGACGGCAACAGCUGGUCAGACCCCUCUGUCAGACAGAGAUGGGAAGAGCGAGGAGCUUAGGAGAGCCUCAUCAAGCUGAGAUAGGACAACCUUCUUCCCCAAACCCCUCUCCAGAUUCAUACAGUAAUGGGUCAAACAGGAAGUUUACGAAAUCAUCUCUACGUGAACCAUCAGAUUUCUCCAGCCUGUACAAGGCAGCUGGAAUCUCACAGCCCCACCAGGCAGCCCAGAGGGAGGUUCGUCCUGCAGAAAGACAGCCGGGUGCAGCUGCAUGGCGUAAUUCAAGUCCCAAUUCUUCCACUGUAGAGAAGAGACCCCAGACUCAGCUCACAUACAGAAGGAAUUGCUCCAGUCCCAACAGGACAGGGGUUAAUUCUCAGUCGUCUACCCCUCCACACUCCCCUCUCAGGACACCCCAGGGGUCACCGCGCAGGCAACCCUCCAUGUACCUCGUUUCCAGGAAUGUCCCUGGAGUGGUUAGACACAUCCCUUCAGGAUGCAACCCUGCUGUGACAACAUCAGCUCAGGGCUAUAGCAACAGUUGCAUGAGAGCACCAGUCAAAACCAAUAUAAGCACAAGUGGAAUUCCCAAAGCGCCUCUUAACAACCAGCAGAGCUCUAACUCCAGCCCCAAAGAGAGCUCCCCCUCACCCAAACUUAAACCUAAAGGUGUUCGGCCCAAAAUCAUAACCUACGUGCGAAAAAAUCCUCAGUUUAAGCCCCAAGCUGCUGACGGACCCUAUCAGGUAUCCUCUUUACCAUCCAGGCUGUCAGCAUACACACACGGCCAAACACCCACUUCUUUCAAAGACCAACCUAAAGACUCCUCCAAGGCUGAUGCAGAAACCAGAGGAGCCCCUGUGCUCAGUGCCUCCAAUCUGCUCUAUGACAAGUACCGCCAAGAGAUGCAGACAAACAUCUUCCCAUCAGGAGUGCUGAGCAGGAGUAUCAGGGCGCCUGGACACACACACAGCCACACGGCUCCCCCGAAACUGGGCAGUAAAGCAGAUAACUUCUACGGGCCACCUUCAGAGGUGGGAAGGUCUACCAAUUUUAAAGCUAGUCCCGCUGAGGACGCGUUGCAGUCACGGACGGCUGCUCAAUCUGGAGGGAACGGCAGCCUCCUGCGCUCCGGCAGAGGUCUGCGUCUGGGUCUGGGAGCUGUCACCAGGACGGCUAUGGGCUCAGCCAAGGGCAGAGGACCUGGUCAAAGUCCGAGGUCAACACUGGUCUUCAGCCAGCCGGUCCAACCUGUCUGCCCAGCGAGCAGCCAGAAAAGCCAAGAUAACUCAGAUGACCAGGUUUUCACCCAUCAUGCUCCACCUCCUGCCCCGGCGACAGCAGCAGCCCAGCCCCAGGCCGGGGCCUCCAGGUCUCUGCUUCCCAAAGCCAGCCAGUCAGGCCUGCGCCCCCCAGGCUUCAGCUCCAGCCGUCUCCCCGCGGGUCGUCUGGCGGCCUUCGGCUUCGUCCGGAGCUCCAGCGUGUCCUCGGUCUCCUCGGCUCACUCUGCCGACAGCACGCAGAGCGACCCCUGCAGGACGGCCCACCGUCUGAGUGUGAGCGAGGAGCCUCCUCUUCACAGAGUGACCACCGGCCCUCCAUCCACAGAUCACCAGAGAGGGCCGCCAUGUCGCAGCAACAGCCUCCAGCCGCCCUCCACCCCCGCCCUGCCCCGGCGCUACCUGCCUGCCCAGCCAAGAAGCUCCCCUGGAGUUGGCAGGAAGGAGUUUCAGCGGAGUUCAGAGGUCACACGUUCCCUCCCGUCCUCCCCAAAGAGGCUGGCGGUGGUUCCCCCCAAACCUCAGUCCCCAGUUCAGUCUGGGCAGCGGCCUGCAGCAGCGGUGCGGGGGUCAGCUCCCACAGGGUCCCCUCUCCGUGUGGCCCCCCUGAGGUUGCAGCAGGAACAGCAGGAGAGCCUACAGAGGGAGAAAGAGGAGGCUCAACAGAAGGAGAGAGAAAGGCAGGCAGAGGAAAGAGAAAAGGAAGGGCAAAGAGAAGAGGUUCAGAGGCUGCAGGGACGCUGUGAGCAGCAGGAGAGGCAGCUGGGAGCUCUCAGAGAAGAACUGAGGAAGACUGCUUUGGGUCUAGAAGCCUUUAUUAUCACCACUCAGCAUUACUGCCUCAAGAAUAAAACUACAGAAGAAAAUCAAAAGAGACUCUCCUUGGAAAUUCAAAGGAUCAGGGAGGAAAUGGCAUCCAACUCAGCACGAUGGGAGAGACUCCAUCGGGAGAAGACGGCCCUGGAGGUGGCAUUUGAUCGAGAGCUGCAGGAGCUGCAGCUGCAGCAGGAGGCGGAGCUGGCUGCCGUGGAGGAGGGGCUCAGGAAGUGUCACUCAGCCGAGGCAGAGCACCUGAAGGAGGAGCAUCGGUCAGAGAUGGAGGAGCUGAGGACUCAGCAGCAGGAGCAGGUGGAGGAGAUGACAGUCCACCAUCAGGCGGCCAUUCAGGAGCUCAGAGACAUGCAUAACAUCACCAUGGCAACACUGCAUGAGGAGCACGCCCGUACCAUGAGAGACUUAAGGAAAGCUCAUGAGCAACAGAAGAUGCUUCUAGAGGAGGAUUUUGAGAAACUCAGGCUUUCUCUACAGGAUCAAGUGGAUACCCUCACAUUUCAAAACCAGAGUCUGAAGGAAAAAGCCAAGCGCUUUGAGGAGGCUUUGAGGAGGAGUACAGAUGAACAGAUAGUUGAUGCGUUGGCUCCAUACCAGCACAUUGAGCAAGAUCUGAAGAGCUUAAAGGAGGUAGUGGAGAUGAAGAACCAGCAGAUACACCAGCAGGAGAAGAAGAUCUCCGAUCUGGAGAAAGUGGCCCAAAAGAACGUGUUCCUUGAGGAGAAGGUCCAGGUUCUGCAGCAGCAGAAUGAAGAUCUGAGGGCUCGUAUUGAAAAUACCCUAGUCCUGUCCAGGCAACUCUCUGAGGAGAAUGCCAACCUCCAUGAUUCAGUGGAGAAGGAGAGCACUGAGAAGAAGAGGCUGAGUCGGAACAACGAGGAGCUUCUGUGGCGUCUCCAGACCAGCCCCCUCAUGUCCCCCGCCUCCUCCCCGCUGCACCGCUCUUUCUCCACCUCCCCGGUCCCCUCAUCCCCGUUCUUCUCCUCCUCACCUGUAGCAGGGUGCGACUCCCCCACCCAUUGCUACGGCUGUCCCUAA